CACCUCCUCAUUGUAUGGCCACGCCCAUUAAUAACAACAUGGCGGCAAUAAAGAGGUACGUUGUAGUUGGAGGAGGUAUUGCUGGCGUCUCCUGUGCCGAGCAGCUCUCUCAAAUGGAUCCCACGGCUCAUAUAACGUUAGUCAGUGCCUCAAAGCUCAUUAAAUCCGUCACCAAUUUUCAAAAGGUAACAAGAACGCUGGAAUUAUUUGAUGUCGAAGAGACAGAUGUCAGCCAUUUAACCCGGUCCUGUUCUAACGUAACUGUAAUCAAUUCACACAUGACGUCAGUCAAUCCAGAUCAACACAUCAUUCACCUUCACAACAGUCAAGCCUUGUCCUACCACAAACUCUGCCUCUGUUUAGGAGCUCGUCCCAAACUCAUCACCAGGGAUCAUCCGAACGAUGUCAUUGGCAUAAGAGACACAGAGAGUGUGGGAACACUCCAGCAUAAGCUAAGCUCAGCACGUCGUGUUGUCAUUGUUGGGAAUGGUGGAAUAGCUACAGAACUUGUUUACGAGUUAAGCGGUUGCACGGUGUUAUGGGUCGUUAAGGACUCGAGCAUCAGUAGUACUUUCUUUGAUGAAGGAGCUGCCAGUUUCUUUCUCCCUUCUCUCAGGACACAAGGAGAAGCAUCAGGGACUGGAGGAUCAGGAGCAGCCCCUGAUGAAACUGUUAAAACUAAACCUUUAAAAAGGAUGAGAUAUUUGCUGGACCCUGUAGAUCAAAGUGCCAGUGGGGAAGGAAAGGACGAUACCAGUGGUACUGCAAUGGGUAGUGCAUUGGGCCCUGACUGGAGCUCAGGUAUAAAAAUGAUUGGGAAUAACAAGGAAAAGGGAAGGAAUGUACAUGUUGAGUACAAUUGUGAAGUAGAGAGGCUCCUUGAUUCACAGGAGAUGAAGUCUUUGUCUCUCACGGAGACUUUACUCUCAGGAACAGAGAAUGAAUCAAUCGAUUCGGAUAAAACCAGUUGGCCCUUUUAUGUGAAACUAACUAACGGUAAAGUGUAUGGAGCUGACUUUAUUGUAUCAGCUACUGGAGUUAUACCGAAUACUGACCGUCUGCUCGAUACAAUUGAUAUAUCAAAAGAUGAUCUAGGCCUGGUUGUUGAUGAGGAGAUGAGGACUAGUGCAGUAGAUGUAUAUGCUGCUGGUGAUGUGUGUACUACUAGCUGGCCCUCAGUUCCUAAUACCUGGUUUCAAAUGAGGCUAUGGAGUCAAGCGAGACAAAUGGGAGCUUAUGCUGCCAAAUGUAUGUUAGCUCACUCAGGAGGUGAGUCCAUUACACUUGAUUUCUGUUUUGAGCUGUUUGCUCACGUGACAACCUUUUUUGGAUAUAAGGUUGUUUUGCUUGGUUGCUACAAUGCUCAGGGACUUGGUAAAGAUUAUGAACUAUUAUUAAGAAUAACUAAUGGCGUUGAAUAUGUUAAAGUCAUAUUGCAGCAUGGGAGAAUGGUCGGUGCUAUUCUCAUCGGUGACACUGACCUGGAGGAAACGUUUGAGAAUCUUAUUCUCAAUCGGAUGGAUUUGACAAGAUAUGGAGAGAAUUUGCUUGACCCAUCUAUAGAUAUUGAGGACUACUUUGAUUGAUUAGAGCAAGAGCAAGCCCAUGAAAAUUCUUUUUUGUCUGCACAGUGCACAUACACAUGUAGCAUGCAUAAUUGAAUAUAUAAAGUAGAAUCUAUUAUAUUUGAGGAAAAAAUGGUCAAGAUCUACUA